AUGGAAGAAAUACAGUCUCAGUCAGAUAAUUACAGGUCUUCUUCAUCAUCGGCUAGUAGUCCGGCGAGUAGGGUACCGUCAAGCAACUUUUUCUAUCUGCGUAAACCCGGUUCGCUGAGGCAACCGAUCUCAUUUGAGGAUUCGCCUGAGUGGGAUGAUACUACUGAUAUUGAUGUUAGAGUUGAGGAAGGAGGUGACUCUAUUAAUGCUGCAACAACACCGGCUUCUCCUUCUCUCUCGAAACUCAACAGCGGCUCCUUGCCUUCGCCGCAUCUACCGGAAGGUGCUGUCAUUCCACGGAAGAUUGCCGGGGCUUCUGUAGCUUGGAAAGAUUUGACUGUUACUAUAAAGGGAAAAAGGAAGUAUUCUGAUAAGGUUAUUAAGAGUUCAACCGGUUAUGCAUUGCCCGGGACAUUGACUGUAAUUAUGGGUCCUGCUAAAUCAGGGAAAUCUACAUUAUUACGAGCCAUUGCAGGAAGAUUGCAUCCUUCAGCUAGGAUGUAUGGUGAAGUGUUUGUGAACGGAGCGAAAUCGCAUAUGCCUUAUGGAUCAUAUGGUUAUGUGGAUAGAGAAACCACUCUGAUUGGAUCCCUCACCGUGCGCGAGUUUCUGUAUUAUUCAGCCUUGCUGCAACUUCCCGGUUUCUUUUGUCAGAAAAAGAGUGUAGUAGAAGACGCUAUACAUGCAAUGUCGUUAGGUGAGCAUGCAAAUAAGCUUAUAGGCGGUCAUUGUUAUAUGAAAGGACUUCCUAGUGGAGAAAGAAGGCUUGUUAGCAUUGCUAGGGAGCUUGUGAUGAGACCGCGUAUUUUAUUUCUAGACGAACCUCUUUAUCAUUUGGACAGUGUCUCGGCACUUUUGAUGAUGGUUACAUUGAGGAGACUUGCAAGCACCGGUUGCACUCUUAUCAUAACCAUCUACCAGAGUAGCACAGAGGUUUUUGGUCUUUUUGACCGAAUUUGUCUGCUUUCAAAUGGAAAUACCUUGUUCUUCGGAGAAACGUUAGCUUGCUUGCAGCACUUCUCGAACGCUGGAUUUCCUUGUCCAAUCAUGCAAAGUCCUUCGGAUCACUUUUUACGCGCAAUUAAUACCGAUUUCGACAGGAUAAUUGCUAUGUGUAAAAACUGGCAGGAUGACAACGGAGAUUUUUCUUCCGUAAACAUGGACACCGCUGUUGCUAUACGCACACUUGAAGCAACUUAUAAGUCAUCCACAGAUGCUGCUUCUGUCGAAACAAUGGUUCUGAAACUCACUGAGAAGGAAGGUCCAGCUCUCAAAAGCAAAGGGAAAGCUAGCAAUGCUACUCGGGUUGCGGUCUUAACGUGGAGAUCUUUAUUAGUCGUGUCAAGAGAAUGGAAAUAUUACUGGCUUCAUCUUAUUCUUUACAUGCUCCUCACACUGUGCAUUGGUACUUCAUUUUCUGGUUUAGGUCAUUCUCUGUCUUCUGUUGGGGCAAGAGUUGCAGCAAUUUUUGUAUUCGUGUCAUUCUGUUCACUUCUAAGCAUCGCCAGGGUACCUGCACUUAUGAAAGAAAUCAAGAUAUAUGCGUGUGAAGAAUCAAACCAACAUUCGAGUACAUUUGUAUUUUUACUUGCGCAGCUCCUGUCCAGCAUUCCGUUUCUUUUUCUCAUCUCCAUUACGUCAAGUCUAGUCUUCUACUUCCUAGUAGGGCUAGAAGAUCAGUUCAGCUUGUUAAUGUACUUCGUGCUGAAUUUUUUCGUAACUCUCUUACUAAACGAAGGAAUCAUGCUAGUUGUCGCUACUUUGUGGCAAGAAGUUUUCUGGAGUGUCUUGACACUCUUAUGCGUACACGUGGUCAUGAUGCUUUCAGCCGGCUAUUUCAGAAUUCGAAGUACUUUGCCAGGACCAGUGUGGAUGUAUCCGAUGUCCUAUAUAGCCUUUCAUACAUACUCUAUUCAGGGGCUAUUGGAGAACGAGUAUCUAGGUACUUCCUUUGCAGUUGGGCAGGUAAGGUCCAUAUCUGGUUUUCAAGCUCUUCAAGGUGCAUACAAUAUCUCCCCCGACGUUAACGCGAAAUGGAAAAAUCUGUUGGUUUUGUUUCUGAUGGCGAUAAGCUAUCGAAUUUUAGUGUUUAUUUUAUUAUUUUUGUUGGUAGGGAGAAAAAUUUCCCUGCUUAAAAGUUUCAAGUGUAGCAAUAGGGAUACAACAGAUACAAGUUGA